UAUUUCGCAACUCUUCAAUUAAACUACACAUGUCUAAAUUUUUGUUAGUAAAUAGCAUAGUUCAGUGCAAAAUAUUUGCGUUCAACGUAAUUGACAAAGGAAUGUGCGGUCAGCUGUUGUAGCGUGCAGUGUUGUUAAGCGCGAAUUUUUAGUGUUAGCUCACCAACGAAUGCGAAUGCGAAAAACGCAAUAAACGCGAAUAAAAACAUUUAUAGUUCGUGCAAAAAAUGUCUGUGCUGCGUUUUUUGGUAACGCGGCAGGCGCUAACGGCGCUUAGCAGACGCGCCACACUGCCCGCCCCCACCCUAUUGCAAAGUUCACGUACAUACACAACGCUGUAUAAUUAUUGCAAUAGGAAUCAAAUCAUAGCGAGCACAAACUCAACAAUCACAACAGCAACGGCAAAUCAAAGACAACUUCAGCUACAGCAAACCCGGGAGCACAAGCGUUUUGGACAUGGCGAGGAGAGAACGCCGAAGGUAACCAAAUACUUCCAUUUCAUGGUUAUCACAUUGUUUGUGAUCUCCGUGCUAGAUUGGGGCAAAGUGAAGCGCUUGCUCAUGCCAAAAGUUGACGCGGAUGCGGGCCAGCAACCCACAAAUGGCGUUAGUGCCGGCCAAAGCAACUCCAAUAACGAUAGCGAUAGUGAAGCCACCGUCGAUGCCGAUGACAAGCUCAAAGCCGUCAAGGAGAAGAUUGGUUUCCGUGAGCGCAAAAUCAUUGAAUAUGAGAAUCGCAUCAGGCAAUUCUCAACGCCAGACAAAGUAUUUCGCUAUUUUGCCACCAUCCAAGUGCCGGUGGCCGAUGAUCGACAUGAGGUCUACAUGACACCAACCGAUUUCUUGACUAGCAUGACGCCAGGCAUGAAGCAGCCAGAUGGUCUGGGAUUGGAUCAGUAUAGACGCUACGAUCCUAAAUCGGUGGGUGAGCAGCUGAACCUGCAGCUUGAGAAGGACAGCAUCUUCUACAAGCUUGGCUCCUUUGGCCUCAUCACCUUCUCUGACUAUAUCUUUUUGCUCACCGUACUAUCGAUAUCCCGUCGUCACUUCGAGAUCGCCUUCCGCAUGUUCGAUUUGAAUGGCGAUGGCGAUGUAGACUGCGAGGAAUUCGAAAUGGUGGCGACUCUCGUCCGACAACAGACGAGCAUGGGAACACGACAUCGCGAUCAUGCCAACACCGGGAACACGUUCAAGGGCGUCAAUUCGGCAUUGAUCACGUAUUUCUUUGGACCCAAUAUGGAUGAGAAGCUGACCAUCGAAAAGUUCCUGGACUUUCAAGAGCAACUGCAACGUGAAAUGCUCUCGCUGGAGUUUCAACGGAAACAACCCAACGAGGAGGGCAACAUCACCGAAGCGGACUUUGCUGAACUGAUGCUCGCCUAUGCGGGAUAUCCCCAGAAGAAGAAGCUCAAGAAGUUAAAGCGUGUGAAGCGUCGUUUUCGUGAUCAUGGCACUGGCAUUUCCAAGCAGGAUUAUCUCGACUUCUUUCAUUUUCUGAACAACAUCAACGAUGUGGACACGGCGUUGACUUUCUAUCACAUUGCGGGCGCUUCGAUUGAUCAGAAGACGUUGCAACAUGUGGCCAAAACUGUGGCGGCUGUUAAUCUCUCCGAUCAUGUGGUUGAUGUGGUCUUUACCAUCUUCGAUGAGAACAAUGACAACCAGCUGAGUAACAAAGAAUUCGUUUCAGUCAUGAAGAAUCGCGUGCAACGCGGUUUAGAGAAGCCCAAGGAUACGGGCUUCCUUAAGAUGAUGCGUUCAGUGUUCAAAUGUGCCAAGGAAACCAAACCCGUCUUACUUGACAUUUAGAGUAAUUGAAAUUGGAAUUGUGGAUUGCCAAAUAUUUUCCCUCGCUCGAUUUUUAUUGACCUUCGUGUGCUCCAAGCGCCUUCACUUAGUCAUUUUGCAAACGCUUGCUGUUAUUUUUAUUAUUUUUUCUCCGUGCU